AUGCAGGAUCGCGAGCCCUCGCGAAUUGAUUUCGUGGAAGAGUACAAACUGCCGACGGAGAUUUGUCUCCAGAUUUUCGAGCACCUGGAUGCUCGUGAUCUCGAGCUCGUGAGACGCUUUGGUGGCGACUGGGCCAACUUCGCCAACAGAGCUUCGGUAUGGCGUCAAGCUUACCUCCGUAAGUACGGCAGAGAGAUCUUCACUGAUCCAGCGCCCAUCCAAGUUGGUGGUGCUGGUGUUGGUCGGCCCGACCUACCAAACCAGGAGUGGGAGAAGAUGUACAAUGCACGCGAGGAGCUUGAACGCAACUGGCGCCGUGGUCCGGCAGAGGCUGGUAAAGCCAUCUACCUCUCUGGCCAUACCGACAGCGUCUACUGCGUCCAGUUCGAUGAAGAGAAGAUCAUCACCGGCUCUCGCGACCGCACCAUCCGCGUUUGGGACAUAAAUACCUUCCAGUGCAUUCGUGUCAUCGGCGGCCCCAACGUACGUCCCGCACUUGGUCCAAAAUGUCUGCGCACCGUCGACUAUCCUUCGUUUCAUCUUGCUACUGCCAGUGUCAAUGGCACGAAUUACGGCAACAACAUUUACCACACGCCCAGCCAAUGGCAUGAUGCCAGCAUCCUGUGCCUGCAAUACGACGAGGAGAUCCUCGUUACAGGAUCCUCCGACUCCGACUUACUUGUCUGGGACAUCAAGACUUACGAGCCUAUCCGGCGCCUCAAGCGGCACUCCGGGGGUGUGCUUGACGUUGCCCUAGACGCCAAGCACAUCAUCUCGUGCUCCAAGGACUCGAAGAUCAUCGUCUGGGACCGAAAGACCUACACCGUGAAGGGCGAGCUUGUUGGGCACAGAGGUCCGGUCAACGCCGUUCAGCUCCGUGGCAAGCUUCUUGUGAGUGCGAGCGGUGAUGGCAUCGCCCGAUUAUGGGACAUUGAACAGCUCAAGCUUGUCAAAGAGUUCAGCGCCAAAGAGCGUGGGCUUGCCGCCGUAGAGUUCUCCGAGGACAUGAAGUAUGUGCUCGCGGGCGGCAACGACCACAUCACUUACAAGUUCGACGUCGAGACCGGGCAAGAGAUUUUGCAAUACACCGGUCACUCACAGCUUGUACGCUCGCUUUGGCUCGACAGCGCUAGCAACCGUGUCGUCUCGGGCUCGUACGAUCUCGAUCUUCGCGUCUAUGACUUCACGACCGGCGAAGAAGUCUGGCGUGCCGAGGAGUGGACGACUAGCUGGAUGCUGGCCGCCAAGUCUGACUACCGCCGCAUUGUGGCCACGAGCCAAGAUGGACGGAUCUUAAUUGUCGACUUUGGUUUGAAGAAGGGCGGUACGGAGGACGGCACCCCUAUCGACAAUGUGGACUUGCUGCGCGGGCUUGAGAAUACCUCAGCCAUUACCUUCCGGCCUGUGCAGUGGCGGUAG